GGCGCUGCCAGGAGCGUUACUCAUCUCUUGACAACGAACUGACGAAGGAUUUCGUGUUUGUUGUGCGAAUUGUGGGUACAACAGAAGAAACAGACUGGUAAAACAAGCCAUGGAAUUGGAUAACUGUGGCAAUUGUCAGCUCGAAGACACAUAUGCAGAGAAUCAACUUAACCUGCAUUCCUACCUUUACUCCCAGGGCAGUAAAGUGAGUCUUGGUCUCAAUGAACUCUCACUGUCCAAAGUACCAGAGGAAGUAUUUGACCUUGAAAAUAUAUCCUUUCUAUUUUUAACCAACAACAACAUUACUGAUAUUCCUGACAAUGUGAGUCAACUGGAAAUACUUGAAGGAUUAAACCUGUCUUACAAUGGUUUGAAGACCAUAAAUCGACUUGUUUACCAUCUGCCAAAACUGCGACUGCUUGAUGUAUCUAACAAUGAAUUGGAAGCCAUAUCUUCAGAAAUAUGUGGACUUCCCAUGUUGUCUGAACUUUUAGUAAAUGGCAACAGAUUAUCCUCAAUUCCAUCCACACUAGGUCAUAUGACUGAAUUGACUGUCCUUGGGCUGAAUGAGAACAGGUUGAAAAAUUUACCAAACAGUCUUGGUGGUCUCAGUAAGCUGCAAAUACUAGGGCUAGAGAGAAACGAACUUGAAUUCUUGAAUCCAGAGAUUUGUCGGAUAGAAGGUCUUCAACGCAUUGGCUUGUCAGGAAAUCACAUGACAAAUCUGCCACAUGAAAUACAGAAUCUGACCAGGCUUGAACAGCUCCUGCUUGAUGACAAUGAGUUUGGAUUCAUCCCUGUACAGCUAUUUUGGAUUGAAGGACUGAAGGAAUUGGCCAUGUCUGGAAACAGGCUGUCAUCGGUACAGUCUGAAAUUGGUAAUUUGAAGAAACUGAAGAUCUUGGGUCUGAACAACAAUUUGUUAAAGGAUCUUCCUGCUGAGCUUUGUUUGCUGAAAGAAUUGGAAAUACUCGGACUUGAGAACAAUUAUCUUCAGCAUAUACCAGAGGACAUAGCUGAACUGUUUCAUUUGAAAGAAUUAUACAUGGGUUCAAACAACAUCUCUGAGAUACCAGAAGGUCUAAGUUGGUGUUCGAACCUUGAAGUUCUGAGUCUCGUUGGCAACUCAUUGACUGGAGUUCCUGUUGAAUUUGGAAAUUUGAAAAAACUUCACACACUUGUGUUCUCUGACAACCUAUUUGAAGAACUUCCCAAGGCCAUUUCAGUGCUUGAGAAUCUGAACAUCAUUGCAUUGGAUGGGAACAGAAUAUCUACAGUACCAAAUGAAUUCGCACAUUUAUCAAAACUAAGGCAUCUGAGCUUAAGAAAAAACCAGUUUGAAACAUUCCCCUUACCAGUCUGCAAAGUUUCAACACUUGAGAUCUUAGAUCUUGCUCACAACAGUGUGGCUGAUAUUCCUCCAGAAAUGGCAGAACUGCACAAUCUUACAGUGCUAAAUAUCUCUUGCAACCAAGUUGGUAGCUUUCCACCAGAAUUGUGUGCACUUGUUCACUUAAAAUCUUUGGACAUGUCUGAGAAUAUGUUGGAGGAGCUGCCUGAAGAAGUAUCAAUGUUGACAUCACUUAACAACCUUGACCUGUCGCACAACAAUUUUUUUGAGUUCCCAAAGUCAGCAUGUGCCAUUCCAAACCUUGUGAAACUACGCUUUGACCAGAGAAGUGGAUCUCGAGUACCUUCACUUCCUGAUGAGAUAGAAUUCUCAAAUGUUUUUGAGUUGAUCCUUUCAAAUAAUACCUUAAGAACAUUACCAAAUACAAUUUCAGGUAUGAGAAAUCUUGUGUCACUUGUUGCAGAUCAUAAUGAAAUAAACAGCCUUCCUGACUCUGUAUGUGAUAUUAGGCAACUUCAUGUACUGCACCUUAACGACAACAAACUGGUAUCCCUCCCAGAGAACUUUGAUCAAUUGAGUAAACUAACAGAUCUCCGUCUCCAUAACAACCCUUUGAAGACACCACCAAUGGAUGUGUGUGUCAGUGGUGUCCCUCAGCCCAUUGGAAGGUUCAUACGGAGAGCAUUGGAAAGAGAAGAACUGCUCCUGAACAAGAUGUUUGAGAGAAUGAAGUAUGAUCUUAACAAGAAUGAACUGCGUUAUUUGAUGAAGAAACUACACUUUCCAGAAGAAAAAAUGGUUGAAUUUGAACAGAUUCAUCAUGGGAAAGAGAAACUCCCAGAAAGAAUCUAUUCUGCAAUGUUGUUUUGGAAAGAAUUCAAAGGUGAAGAGGCCACAGCUGAAGAACUCCUUCGUAUACUGAACAUUCUGGGACAUGAUGACCUUGCACAAAGCCUCAGAUUGAUGAAAAUUUAUGCACAAAGACUUAGGUUUUAAGACCCUGUCAAAUAGUUCUUUUCCAUGGUGCUUUGAAAGCUGUAAAAGUUGGGUGCGAUCAUUAGAGGGCCUUUCUCACAUCUAUGUGAACAGAUAUUGGUGAGGUUAUUUGUUUGUCUGUUUUUGUUUAAAGCCACAGUCAACAAUAUUUCAGCUAAUGGCGGCUGUUUGUAAAUAAUCAAGUCUGGACAGAAUCCAGUGAUCAACUACAUA